AUGUGCCUCCAUCUGCCGCCGCCACAAGAGUUCUCCCUUGAUUUGUACGACGACAGAGCCUUUAUUAGCGACGGCCUAGAUUUUGCGGUCGAUGUCGUCGACGGUGGUGAUGAUCUGAGGGAGCCCGGGGUCUCCUCGAUCGAGACGUCGGCUGUCAAGUUCACGAAAGAGGGUGGUAUCUCCAUAACUGCUUUUGUGGCAAAAUCUCUAAGAGAUCCUCGGGCCCCGACUUUUUUCCUUACCUUCGCGAAGGAGCUCCAGCGGCUUCUCCCUGUUUCAGAUACGACAGGAAAAAAAGUGAAAGAGAAGGCUCUUCUCUUGCUGCUGCUUCCUACGGCAACAUUGAAAAUUCCGUUGAAAAUUUGUGGGUGGAACUUGAGAUUUUGUUUCAGAUCUAGGGUUUCGAAUUCGGGGGUGGGACCUGACAUCCUGACGGUGCAAUAG